AUGAAACAUUUUAUCGUUUUUCUUUUUAUUCUUUUCAUCACACAUUGCUAAAGAUUACUCUUAGAAUAAAAUCUAAGACAGCGUUAUCAAAGCAAGAUGUUAGUUCAUCAGUCCAAUUUUGUUUAAAUUUAGUAAUAAACGAGACUAUUAUAAUAAGAUUCAAGCGAUCACUAAGGAGAGUUGUUACCUGACUAGAUUUAAAAUGAUGAAAAUAAACCAAGAAAGAAAACCAGAAAAAUUGUCAAAAAGAGAAGAGUCAUCCUUAAACCAAUUGAAGUCACUGCCCACAACUAACAUAAGAAUUAGAAGAAGAGAAAGGUGCAUAAAAAAAUUAAGAAGUGCAAUACAAUUAUUAAGUAUUGA